AAUUUCCCUCUUUUACUAAUGUCUUCUAUGUAGUUUAGGAUGAAAAAUUCCAGACCCAUAACUACUAAUGGUACAAGAACUUUGGAGUGCAGUGCCAAUAUGGGAAGCAAAUUAAUGUAUAAUAAAAACUAUCUCAUCAGGAAAUAACUUACCAGUCCUAAAUUAUCUUCUGAAUACGAAGUUACUCAAGAAGAAAUUAGGUAACUUAAACUUUAACUAAAUGCAUCAAAAAAAGAAUCAUCUUAAGCUAAAUCUCGAAUCAUAUAUUUGGAAGUAUCCAAAAUAAUCAUAUUAGAAAGAAUUACAGAGAUACGAAAACCUAGUAGAAGAACAUAGCAAAACUAAUAAUAAUAAUGAUUCCACUAAGUUAGUCAUUGAAAAAGCUGCUAUUGUGCAAAAAUUAAGAGCUAAGCAUAAGUAAUUAGUCUAAGAAUUACUUGAAAAAACUAAAGAAAUAGCUUUAUUAAAAAAAUCUACAAAAUACACUCUUGUUCAAGAAUUAGAAGUACUUUAUCGUUAAAAAUUAGAUUGAAGUUCAGCAUUACGGAGAGGAAAAUCAAAGACUUAGAGAGAAAUUAGAAUAUUAUUAAUCAAUUAUAGAUCUUCGUAGUAGUAAAGAACCUUUAGAAAAGAAAAUAAUGCAAUAUGAAAAAACUUAUAAGAUAAUUCAUAAAGAUAAUUAAGAAUUAAUGAAUUAAGUCAAACUAUUAGAAAAUUAAAAUAAGCAGCAUAAAGUAUGAUUAUAUUUUACUAUUUUCAGUAAAAAAUAGAACAACUAAAUAAAGAGAUUUCAUCUUAACAAUUAGAAAUAUAUAAAUAUUAAGAAUCAAUUAAUCAACUUUAAUCAUAUAAUGAACGUAUUCAAGCUAUGUUAGAAGAAGAAAAACUAAAUGAAUAAUAACCAAGUGAAGAGUUAAGAUAGGAAUUUGUUUAGUAAAUUGAAAUUUUAAAAAACAAACAUAUAGAAGAAUUAGAGUAAUAAUUGAGUUAUAAAUUAGUGAAAAAAAUAAAGAAGUUAGAGAUUUAAAUGCUGAAAUGUAUAAAUAAACAUUGCAUAUCCAAGAAUUAGAAAAAUUACUUGAAUAGUAUGAAGAAUCAAUUAAGGAGAAGUAAUCUUCUAAUUAAUCACCAAUGUAAUUUUAAAAAAGUUUUUGA